UUCUUUUCCACAUUCAUUUGUGGUAUCAAAAUUGCUGACAUAUUAUGCCAAUUUAAACAAGAAAACCGUUUUUAAAUCACCUGUUAUAUAAGUUAUUCUGUGAGAUAAACAAAACAACCACACAUAACCUUUAUUGUGCUGUUUACAUAUAGUUUCUACAGCUUUGCUUUUAAUUUUGAUGAAAAAUUUAUUCCCCGUUGCCAAUCUGGUAAAAUAUGCCUCUGCCAUGUCGUUGUGCGUGUAUCCCGCUUAGAUUUCUAGUGUGCCUCCUGUGUUAUUUGAUGAUCACAGUGUGUUAUUAUCAACGAGUAACUUUCUACCAGGCCAGUGACGAGGUUAUUUUCACCAUCACGAAGAACCGCACCUUGUACAGUGACUGUCCAUUUGUGAUUACGAACACCAAUCACACCUUCCUGGGUGUUGUGAAGGACCAUACGGAGUAUUUAUGGGAAGAACACCAACAGAAAACCACAAGACGAUCGUUCUUCAUCGGUUACGCGUUGGCUAUGAUUCCCGCAGGUGUGUUGGCCGACGUCUUCGGAGGAAAGGGCGUCGCAGGCUGGGGCGUGGCUAUAUCCACGAUUGUGGCGCUUCUGCACGAUAAAGUCAUACACUACGGCUACACCUAUGUCGUGGUUUGCCGGUUUAUUCAGGGUGUCGGCCAAGGGAUGAUGUGGCCGGGGGUGAUGGUCAUCAUCGCUCAUUGGGCGCCCAUCACGGAAAGAUCGAUCUUCGUUGGAAUUUCACAAUCGGGAUACUUUGCCGGAAGAGUCUUGACGUACACGAUCCCCUUGUUUGUUCCGGCGUUGAGGAAUUCUUCGCACGCAAAACUGUAUUUGGGAGGUUUCUUCGGUGUAAUAGUCUGUAUCUUGUGGUACGUCAUGAUCUCCAAUGAUCCCAGUCGAAGCCGUCGGAUCAGAGCAAAGGAACGGGAUAUGAUCUUGAGCCAGACUGAAGGCAUCGAGAGACCACGGUUCCUCAAACCCAUAGUACCUUGUGACAUGCUCCGGUCGAUCGAGUUCCUGUCCUUGGUGUUAUUCUUCUCCGGGUGUGCUUGGCUCUACGGCGAGAUGCACAACACGGUCGUCAUCUACUUGACCGAGUUCAUCCACCUCCCGAAGAGACUGGCCAUCAACUGCUACAUACUGGCGUGUGCAGCGGGAAUCUUACCUCCGGUGAUUUUUGGAGCCUUCAGCGACUGGCUGAUCAACGUCCAGGCGAUGUCACGCACAGCGAACAGGCAAAUGUUCGGCUUCCUCGGCCACUUCUUGAUCAUCCCGUUCUUGUUCACCAUCCUCACGGCUCGCUGUGACGGAACAGUCGUCGCGGCCAUGUACACUUGUAUAUACUUCUUCGUAGCCUUAUCGUACGGCAGUUCGAAUGCCAACUGUAUCGACUUGAGUCCUCAGCACGCCGGAGUGACGUACGGCAUCAUGCAUUUCCUCAGCGUCUUCACCACGUUCUUCAGCAUGGAGAUGUUCGAGAUGCUGAGAGACAAAGAAGAUCCACACAAGUUUUGGAUACUUUAUAUUAUAAAUACUUUAGUGUUCUUGACCUUUUCUCUCCCCUAUCUCUUGAUUGGCUCUGCGGAGAUACAGCCUUGGAACUACUCCCGGAGCGUGGUAUCUUCUUCGACCACUCCACAGCCACCCGAGCCAGAGCGGCUCUCCCAGUAGGUCUAGUCCAGUGUACUGAUAAAAUC